AUGCAUCGAAUUUGCAUGACCGUGGUCGGAUGGUUAACGUGGAUGACCUGGGCGCUGGUCAUGGCCACGCCUCAUGCCAUCGAACAACCGCCCAACAUUGUGUGGAUCAUGGCUGACGAUCUCGGCUGGGGCGAGGUCGAGCUCUUUCCGGGUGACUCGAAGCACGGCCGCCUCGCCACCCCCAACCUCAACAAAUUUGGGCAAGAAGGCACCAUCUUCACCCAAGCCUAUGCGGGCUACACCGUGUGUGCGCCAAGCCGCACCACCCUAUUCACUGGGCGCCAUUCGGGCCAGUUUAUCAAGUAUGGCUUUGAUGGUCAGAAUCUCUACCAUAACCAGGCCCAUGUUCGCACCGCAGCCCAGAUGCUACGGGAAGCGGGCUACCGAACAGCCGCCUUUGGCAAAACAGCUCCCUUUCAAACACCAGACUCCAUUGCUCCGCUUGGCUUUGAUCACUUUAAGGGUCAACUCUCCCAGCUCUUCUGUCACAACAUGUACCCGAUCUACUACGAUUAUCUUCCCGAGACCGGGGGCAGCACUGGCCCCAACAUCUCACAAGCUUUUGUGGCUGAGAACAACGUCACCGCAAAGUCGCGCGAAGCAUGCAUGGCCAACCCGAGCGCCUUCAACUACUCGAUCGACUUCUUUCAAGACUCUGCCCUGUCCUGGCUCGACACUUAUGGGGCCGCACCGGACAAACCUUUCUUCCUCUACGUUUCCUACACCAUUCCUCAUGCUGGUGGGUGGGGCAGCGCUCCACAAGCACCUGAAAACGGUGCCCCUGUCCCGUCCGAUGGACAAUACGCCAAUAGGACGGGGGACUGGCCGACCGUUGAGGUGGAUCAUGCUGCUGUGGUUACCUACCUUGAUGCCCGGGUCGGUGACAUUCUGAGUAAACUGCAAGGCCUCGGCAUUGACAACCGCACACUCGUCUUCUUUGCCAGUGACAACGGCGCCCACAACGAAGGGGGUCAUGAUCACACCUUUUUCAACUCCACAGGCGGCCUUCGGGGCUUUAAGCGCAGUUUGUACGAAGGCGGCGUACGCACCCCAGCCAUGGCGCGCUGGCCUGGUCGCGUGCCAGCUGGCCGCGUGUCCAACUACUCGUGGGCCUUCUGGGACUUUAUGCCCACGGUUGGUGACCUUGUCAAUGGGUCCUGGCCCAGCGACAUUGAUGGCAUCAGCAUCUUGCCCGAGCUCCUUGGCCAGGAGCAGGCCCCCAAGGAUUAUCUCUUCUUUACCUGGGGGAGCGGUGCCAAGUCUGGCUACGGUGUGCGCAGUGGUGAAUGGAAGGGCGUGGUUCAGACCUGCAACAAAAAUUUGCAACCCAGCGAAGAGGAUAGCAUGGAGCUUUAUCACCUACCGUCAGACCCCUUUGAAACGAACGACGUGAGCCAGACUCACGCUGAUGUGGUAACACAGCUCAAGGCGCUGAUUCUUCCCAAAAACCUGUCCUGCACCUGCUUCCAAUGCUAA